AUGACUUGGGGCGUACGUCCCCUUCUCUCUCGUGAGCAGAUCGUAGCCUAUCUGGAUCGCAUAGGUCUACCUCCGUCGAUCAUUGACGAUCCGCCGACGCUCGCAACGCUCAACACACUCCAAUCUGCUCAUCUCCUGAGCGUGCCCUUUGAGACAACAGGCAUCCAUCUCGCAGAGCUAGAUCCAUCGAAUGCCGAUAGACCGAUCGCCCUCAGAGAGGGUGAAGGCUACCUCAGCAAGCUCGAUUUCUGCUAUACGCGCGUCGUCCAACAACGCCGCGGCGGGUUCUGCUUUGUACUCAACACGCUCUUUUCUGCCCUUUUGCGCUCUUGGCCAACGCCUUUCAGAGUGUCAGAUGUAGGCGCAAGAACAUACUUGAACAGGCAUCAAGAUCCUACGGGAUUGGACUAUGCUUGGACGCCCUUUUCACACUUCGUCAUGCUCGUCGAAGUGUCCGAUCGAAGAGAUACGCGCUUUCUGGCCGAUGUCGGCUUUGGCGGAGGUGCGGCCGACUAUGCAGUCCCUCUCGAUACCGAUGAGACUGUCUCGUCCAUCGCUGGCAAUUACAAGUAUCGCAUGAAGAAGGAAAAGCUGCCGGGACACGAUGUCGAGCAAUUACCAGACAUGCCAGAGGGCUACACACUCUGGCGAUACUUCCCUGCACGUGACGGUGAGAGCAAGAGCUACUGGAGUCCUGCAUACCAUUUGCAUGCCAUCAGUCUGACGCCGAUCGACUUUGAAGUCGCCAAUCAUUACAUGGCGACGCACAAGGAGCAACGGUUUGUCAAUCUGCUCGUCGCUUCGAUACUCCACCGGAACGGCAAUAGAACUUCGCUACUCUGGGAAGCAAGUACAGAGCAACCUUGUACACUCGUCGAACGAGAGGGCCUGACAGGCCAAGUCGUCAAAGAGACGCAAGUAGAAAAGACCUAUGGGGCAGUGUGGCAUGUCUUACGCGACACCUUUCACUUUGGAUGA